GAAAAUCAGCUAAGAAUGUUUGCACUGGUUUGGCUGAGUCUACUAAUCCUCGCCAGAGCUUCGGAAGAUGAGGAUCCAUCGCCAAAAAUACAGCCGAGAAUUUUCAAUGGGAAAGAAACGGGCAGCGGUACCCUUGGCGGCUUCGGUGUCCAGUUAUUCUACCUGAAGAAGCUCAUCUGCUCGGGCACGAUCCUGUCAACGCGACACAUUCUGACGGCUGCCCACUGCUUUGACGUAGGGAACCCACAAUGGUUCCAUGUGGUGGCAGGCUACACGAACCAGUACGAGGGCCACACGAAGACCUCAAUUAAGAACGUUCUCAUAAAGAUCAAGAUCCAUCCCGAAUAUCAGAAAGUUAAGUUCAUAGCCGACUUGGCCGUGGGCAAGACUCUCCUACCGUUAAAGAGCAAUCGCAUUGGCUAUGCCAAGGUCUGUAACUCCCAGCUCUAUCCCAAGGAGUUUGUAACCGUCGCCGGCUUUGGGAUCGAUGGCCGAUCCGGUCUCGGAGUCCGCAAUAGACUGCACACCAUGCGAGUGCCAAUCGUGGAUAGAAUGGCCUGCGAGCGCAGCAUUGGCCGCACCCUUCCGCCCAACGUGAUCUGUGCCGGCGGCUAUGACCAUCGCACCCUCUGCGACGGCGACUCUGGCGGGCCCCUGCUGCUCAUGGAGGAGGUGUGCGGCAUCAGCUCCUGGACGUAUCAGUGCGGGGAGUCCGACAAGCCCGACGUCUACAUGAGUGUCAAGUUCUAUGCACAGUUUAUCAAAGAAACAAUGCAACAAUUGGGCUACUAAAAGAAUGCUCGUAGAGCUUCGGGGCAGAAACUGCUGCAUAUUGAACCCCCAAUAAAAACUGUAAUUUCUAUA